AUGCUCCCUAGUAGUAGUGAAGAAAACGACCAAAACAACCCCGCCACUAGUGGAGCUCGUUGCUUCUACAGUCUUGAAGAACAAAAAGUUUACAGCAUCAAGAGCUCGUUUCAAGACUUUGAUCAUUCUGCUGCUUGGUGCGCGGGUUUAUCACACGGGUGGCUGGUCAUUAACAACAAAGCAAAGUCGCAUCUUUUAAACCCAUUUUCGCCACGUAAAAUUCAGCUCCCCCUGAUGCGGUUGCAUAUUGCCAAGGCUGUCCUCCCCUACGACCCGACUCAUGACAACAACUUCGCUGUUGUGGUGAUUUAUGGUUUUUUACCGUCAAAACUUGCAUUUUAUAAGCAUGGGGAGGAGGACAGCAGAAUCAGAUGGGCAGACUUAAAUGGUGUGCAUAGAGAAUAUUGUGAUGUUAUUUUUCAAAAUGAGCAGUUGUUUGCAUUGGCUGGGGAUGGCUCGGUUGAAGUCUGGGACUUCAACAAGUCCUUUCCCAUCAAAACCAUUGAUCUUCCUCAACCGUCUGCAGAGAUUGAAAAGGCGGAUAUAAUGCAAGACUUUUCCAUUUACAAGUAUUCUACUCAGAAUUAUCUGGUGGAGUCAUUGGGUGAGAUUUGGUAUGUGGAGAGAGUGAUAGGGAACUUUGUUAAUCAUGAGGGCAUAGUCAUUGGUCAGGGGAAUCUUCCUGAGGGAAUUGGAAGAAACUCAAUUUACUUCACAGAUGAUCGUUGGAGGAAUAUAAAUUUCCAAUUAGACUCUGCUGAGGAUGGUUAUGGUGGUCAUGAUAAUGGAGUUUACAACAUAGGAAAUAAAGUUGUGAAGCCAUUUGAUCAGCUUGAUAAGUGGAAAAUUGAUCCACCACCCUUUUGGAUUGUUCCUAAUCCAUGA